AUGGACGGACCGCAGCGGUUAUCUCCCAACACCCAGAAGCAGGGCCGCCGCCGGCGGUCCAGCAGCAUCAUCUACCAGGAACCUGCCGAAUCUAUGGAACAUAUCAGUGACCAGGCUGCAUUGCCCAAUCUCAAUGCUAACUGGGUCAAUGCCAAGGGUGAGUCGAGCUUGCAUGGACCUGUUACCCUCCAAAAGUGUCCCGACCGAACCGGUGCCUGGACCAUCCACUUCGUUCUCAUUGCCGCGCUGAAGAUCCUCUUCGAUAUCAUCCCCGGUGUCUCGCAAGAGACCUCGUGGACCCUCACCAACAUCAGCUAUAUGUUCGGCUCGUUCCUCAUGUUCCAUUGGGUGCGGGGCAUCCCGUUCGAGUUCAACGCUGGUGCCUACGACAACCUCAACAUGUGGGAGCAAAUCGACAACGGCGACCAGUAUACCCCCGCCAAGAAGUUCUUGCUCUGCGUGCCCAUCGUGCUCUUCCUCCUCAGCACUCACUAUACCCACUACGACCUGACCUACUUUACCAUCAACUGCCUGGCUACGCUGGGAGUCGUCAUUCCUAAAUUGCCUUUCUCGCAUCGCCUGCGGAUAGGUCUCUUCUCCGACAUACCAGACGACUCAUAG